CCACCAUCCCAGACCCACCUGCCGCAUACCCCGCCCUGAUGCGUCUGCGCCGCCCGCGCGCGCCGCACGCGCUCUUCCUCGCACUCCUGGCCCCACCAGCCUCUGCGCGCGCCUUCGACUGCGAGCUCGCGCCGCCACACGUCAGCGCAGCCUACUCGCUGCCCGCCGUGCCCUUCUCGCUCCUCACCGAGACCGCCACGCCGCCAAGCACGACGCAGCUGCACAUUCGCGGCUCGCUGUGCGCCGUGCUGCGCGACGCCGGCGGGCACGAGGAGUGCGGCCCCGAGACGCUCAUCUGCACGCGCGUCGUGAGCGUGCUCGACGGCGUGGAGCACACGACGCAGCUCGUGCAGAACGCGGCGCGCGACCACGACUGGCAGGUGCACGAGGGCGAUGGGCACCUCAAUCUGACACUGCACGCCGCCGAGUAUGGCCACGUCGUGCAGCGCACAGAGCUGCACAUGGUCUGCGACCGCGCUAUCGCUGCAGACUCGCCGCCGCGUCUCGAGGGCUUCGACGCCAUUGCCGGCGUGCUCAGGCUUGUGUGGAACACGCCCUCCGCCUGCUCGCACGCGCCAGGCGAGCGCCCGCCGCCCGUCGCGGAGCCGGAGCAGCCCGAGAAGCAGCUGCCAGACAGUGGAGAUACGGCUGCGGAGGGAAGCGGCGGCUGGGGCUUCUGGUCAUGGCUCUUCUUCCUGUCUUUCGUGUUUGGCGCUCUGCACUUGACUGGACGCUACCUCCGUCUUCGGCGAGAGAGCGCCAAUCCAGGCAGCACCGAGGAGGACGGCACAUCGGUGGCCGCCGGCCUGCGCGCGGCGCGCACCAUGGUGCCGGACGGCCUCUCGCAGUCAGUGCGUGACUUUGCCGUCGCAGCCAAGGCGACUGUGCAGCGGCAGGGCGGCGAGCUGUGGCGCGAGGGUCCGUAUCUGUUCCGCGAGUUCGGGCGCCAUCUGGUCCGCACCGUGUCCGGCAACUCGCGGGCGGGCUACGAGCCAGUGUGACGUGCCGCCCUCCGCCUCUGUGCUUUCCCUCGGCCUUCCUCUUCUCACACUCUCCCUGUAUACUUGCAUCCUGUACUUCUACCCAAGCCAUAUUACCUCUCAGUCGAAGAAGCUUGCUUGACC